GUGUGUGUGUGUGUGUGUGUGUGUGUGUGUGCUGGGUGUGUCUGGAGUGUGUGUGUAGUGGGGCGUGUAGGUUACUAGGUCCUAACCUUUCUUUCUGUUAUUUUUAUCGGCCCCCCACAUCCUGCUCUCUCUGUCUCCACCAUUCAUUCACUCUCACCACCCUCCAUAACCACUAACCCCUCCAACCACUAACUGCAGUACACACACACACACAACAAAUGUAAACACAUUCAAACCUUUACACACACACGGAUGCAAGUCCAUAUCUGCUUCUUCAGUCAAAAACAAACGUCCAGUCAAAUUGGGUUUUGUGGAUACGGAGGAAGGAGAGAAGAUGACUACUCUCAGAACAACAGUAGUAGUUUUACUGGGUUUCUACACCUUCUGCCAGGAGACAAGAGCCUCAGUCCCAGGAGCCUCAGUCCUAGGCAGACCGUUGCUGUACGGCCCCUCAACAGCCCUAGAGAAGACUGUAGAAGAAUUCCAGUGUGAAGUUCUGCAUUACCCUAAAGAAGAGUCCCUCCUCUACCAGCUAUUCAGGGAAGGUGACCGGUCCAAGGCCUUAGGCUUCUACAGUGCUCUGUCUGGUGAGAAGGCCAAUUUCCCUCUGUUCAUCACUGCUUCCUACGAGGGCUACAUGGUGUGUGUAGCCAGCGUCCAGAACAACACAGUAAUACACCCCACUGUCAGUCAAAGACACCACCUCCGAGUAGUCGACCCAGUCAAUGGUGCAGAGGUUGUAGUCCAAUCAGGGUCUGUGGAGUUCUACGAAGGGAAGCCACUGUCCCUACGUUGUAACAUCGCCAAAGGGACCCACGUCUCCUACCAGUGGCUGGUGGAUGGGAAGCCCCUCCCCCUGUCUCCUUUACACAAUCAGACACAGGAACAACUCUUCAUCUACAGGAUGGUGCCCCAGGACAGCGGGGAGUACACCUGUGUUGCUACCAACCAACUCAACAUCACCAAGGUCUACUCCUCCAGGAGCACUGCCAAGGUCAUCAAGGUCAAAGAGCUCGUGUCUGAACCAGACCUCCUCUUCCUGGUACUGAAGGAAAGAGGCGGGACCUACUUUGCCCUAGUCACGUGUCAAUCACUCAACGGGACUCCGCCCAUCACCUUCUCCCUCUACAACAGGUCAGAGUUCAUUAGCACGGAGACGGUUGACGAGCGAUUCGCCACGUUCUCUAUUCCAAUGGUUCUAGAUCUCCACAUGGGCUUUCUACAGUGUCAGGCGCAGAACGGAGACAGGGUGGUGUACAGUCAGUGGACGGCCAUGCACGUUGCACUCAAGACCCACUGGACUUAUCUCCCACAGACUUAUCCCCCACUGGACUUAUCAUCCACUGGACUUAUCCCCCACUGGACUUAUCCCCCACUGGACUUAUCCCCCACUGGACUUAUCCCCCACUGGACUUAUCCCCCACUGGACUUAUCCCCCACUGUACUUAUCCCCCACUGUACUUAUCCCCCACUGGACUUAUCCCCCACUGGACUUAUCCCCCCACUGGACUUAUCCCCCCACUGGACUUAUCCCCAACUGGACUUAUCCCCCACUGGACUUAUCACCCACUGGACUUAUCACCCACUGGACUUAUCACCACUAGACUUAUCACCACUAGACUUAUCACCCACUGGACUUAUCGCCACUAGACAUAUCACCACUAGACUUAUCACCAACUGGACUUAUCACCCACUAGACUUAUCAGCCACUGGACUUAUCACCCACUGGACUUAUCGCCCACUGGACUUAUCACCCACUAGACUUAUCACCACUGGACUUAUCACCCACUGGACUUAUUACCCACUGGACUUAUCACCACUAGACUUAUCACCCACUACACUUAUCACCCACUACACUUAUCACCCACUGGACUUAUCACCACUGGACUUAUCACCACUAGACUUAUCACCACUAGACUUAUCACCCACUAGACUUAUCACCCACUAGACUUAUCACCACUGGACUUAUCACCACUAGACUUAUCACCCACUGGACUUAUCACCACUAGACUUAUCACCAACUGGACUUAUCACCACUAGACUUAUCACCCACUACACUUAUCACCCACUGGACUUAUCACCCACUAGACGUAUCACCCACUGGACUUAUCACCACUGGACUUAUCACCACUAGACUUAUCACCCACCAGACUUAUCACCCACCGGACUUAUCACCCACUGGACUUAUCCCCCACUGGACUUAUCCCCCACUGGACUUAUCCCCCACUGGACUUAUCACCCACUGGACUUAUCACCCACUGGAAUUAUCCCCCACUGGAAUUAUCCCCCACUGGACUUAUCACCCACUGGACUUAUAACCCACUGGACUUAUCCCCCACUGGACUUAUCACCCACUGGACUUAUCACCCACUGGACUUAUCACCACUGGACUUAUCACGACUAGACUUAUCACCACUAGACUUAUCACCCACUGGACUUAUCACCACUAGACAUAUCACCACUAAACUUAUCACCCACUAGACUUAUCACCCACUGUACUUAUCACCACUAGACUUAUCACCCACUGGACUUAUCACCCACUACACUUAUCACCCACUGGACUUAUCACCACUAGACUUAUCACCACUAGACUUAUCACCCACUGGAAUUAUCACUCACUGGACUUAUCACACACUAGACUUAUCACCCACUGGACAUAUCACCCACUGGACUUAUCACCCACUGGACUUAUCACCCACUAGACUUAUCACCCACUGUACUUAUAAAUUAUCAUACAUUGAAACUCAUCAUUUCAUGUUUGCAUCCCAAAUGGCAUCCUUUUCCCCUUCAGAGUGAAAAUGUUUUUUUGUAAAAUGAUAGCCAGUAUGCACAUGA